CCCAAUCCUCCAAAUCCCAACCUUCCCAGAGACUUCUACACACAAAAAUUCAAAAUCCAAACAAUGACUCUCAAAUCCCAAUCUCAAGCAACCCUCUUCAUCUUCGCUCUCUUCGUCAUCACAUUCGUUCUCACCGAUGUCUCCGCCGCGCAAGGCGGCCGGAAGCCCUUGCUCGGCGGGUGGACUCCGAUCCAGAACGUGAGUUCGCCGGAGGUCCAAGAGGUGGCGCGAUUUGCUGUUUCGGAGCACAACAAGGAGGCCAACACCAACUUGAAGUUGCAGAAGGUGGUUUCCGGCGAGACCCAGGUGGUUUCCGGCACGAAUUACAAGCUAGUGAUUGCGGCAGCGGACGGCGGCGGCGGUGCCGGGAAUUACGAGGCGGUUGUUUGGGUAAAGCCUUGGGAGAACUAUAAGAAUCUCACAUCGUUUAAAAAGUUGUGAGACUUCUCGUUAAUGUAAAAUAAUAAAAAAAUAAAUUUUAAUAAAAGAAAAAAAAUAUAUGUAUUUUUUAUGUUUAUUUUUUAUAAUGUUACUUUUUAAAAAUAUUUUCUUAUCAUAUUUUAUAUACCGUUGGGCUUCUUUCAUA